AUGAAUACCAACGAUGAUCAAUAUAAUGAAGACAGUGAUAAACAUGACAAUAAUCAACAAAUGACCCGAUCGUUAUCAGUCAACGAUGUUUAUGAUCAUGCAGAAAAGACUAAAGAACCAUUAAAUUAUACAACGUAUUUGGGUCUUGUUCAAUUGUUAAGUUCACUUCGAUGUAUUAGUCAUGUUGAUCCAUCAGAUAGUCGUAGUCCACCUGUUCAUGAUGAACAUUUUUUCAUUAUUAUUCAUCAAGUCUUUGAAUUAUGGUUUAAAGCAUUUCUCUAUGAAAUAGAUUCAAUCCGAAACAUUUUUAGCAAUAGUAGUAAUGUUAUACCAUUAUUGUUCUACAUUAAUUUACGAUUAAAUCGAUCAGUCGGAAUAUGGAACAUGUUAAUUGAUAUGUUACAACAUUUAGAUACAAUGACACCAGUUGAAUUUCUUGCAUUUCGAGAUUUUGUCACACCAGCUAGUGGUUUUCAAAGUCUACAAUUUCGAAUAAUCGAAAUGAAACUUGGUUUAACAGAUGGAUUUCGAAAAUCAUACAAGACAGACUAUUUUAUUAAUACAAUGUUCAAAGGUGAACAAAGAAAUGAACUAAAAAAACUUUUAAAAGAAGAUUCAUUAUUGAAAUUAGUCGAGCGUUGGUUAGAAUAUGUCUAUGAUAGUACAACAUCAUUUGAAUUUCUUGAUGUGUUCAAAUCGUCUGUGGAAUCAUUCAUCGAACAUGGAAAAAAACAAAAAAUAGUGAAUGGUGUCGAUAUUGAAACUGUUAAGACAGAAACUGAAAAUAUGAGACGGCAAUUUUCAAGCAUGAUCGAUCCGACUGAAUACAAAAAAUUAUUGGAUACUCAAGAACGACGACUUAGUCAAAAGGCCAUGUUAGCUGCAUUGAUGAUUUCACUUUAUCAUCAACAGCCUUGUUUUCAACAAGCCUAUCAAAUGCUUGGCUUACUCAUGGAUGUUGAUGGAUUAAUUGCCAGUUGGCGGCAUAAACAUGUUCUUCUUGUUCAACGUCAAAUUGGUCGAAAACCUGGUACAGGUGGCACCGGUGGUUUCUCCUAUUUACAUCAAACUGUCAAUGAAAAAUAUCAAAUAUUCAUCGAUUUGUUUAAUAUUUCGUCAUACUUGAUUCCACAACGAUUCUUACCCAAAUUCUUUGGUCAACUGGCAGAACCAGCUAAUUUACUAUCAACUUUGCAUGUUAUACCUCCUCAACAAGUUCCAAUCAUUCGUUCAAAUCCACGAACAGUAUCAACACGUCGCUUAAGUCAAUUUUUCGCUCAACCCGAUCAAGGUGUCUUCAAUUUACUACUCUUCAUAGCAGGGUGUCUAUUCGUUAUGAUUCUCUAUGGAUUAAUUAAACUGUUUUAG